AUGGAAUUUAAAGAUUACUUGGAUAAAUUUGUAGUGUUGUUUAUAGACGAUAUCCUUUUCUACUCAAAGGCUCAGGAGGAGAAUGAGGAGCAUCUGAGGUUGGCACUCAAUAGACUACAUGAGCACCAACUAUAUUGUAAGUUCUCUAUGUUUGAAUUUUGGUUGGAACAAAUGACUUUCCUAGGGCAUAUAGUGUCCAAGAAUGGGAUAGAAGUGGAUCCAGCAAUGAUCGAGGCCAUUAGAGACUGGCCUCAACCCAAGAAUGCCUCGGAGGUUCGAAGCUUCUUGGGGUUAGAGGGCUACUAUCGAAAGUUUUUCAAGGGUUUCUCUAAGAUUGUCACACCCUUGACCAACCUAACUCACAAACACCAAAAGUUCACAUGGAAUGAGAAGUGUGAAGAAAGCUUUCAGACUAUGAAAGAUAAAUUGAUCUCUGCACCAAUCCUUUGUGUUCCCUCAAAGGAAGGGAAGUUCGUGGUAUAUUGUGAUGCAUCUAAGAAAGGAUUGGGGUUUGUGUUGAUGCAGAAUGGGAAAGUGGUAGCCUACGCCUCGAGACAGCUCAAGGACUAUGAGCGGAGAUACCCCACCAAUGAUCUUGAACUAGUAGCAGUAGUGUUCGCAAUAAAAAUAUGGAGGCACCACGUUUAUGGAGAGAAGUGUGAGAAAUUCAUCGACCAUUAG